AUGGCGAAAGGUUCUGACCCUAAUGCCAAACGGCAGUUGAGGCGACGGACGGUGAACUAUGGAGAUGACGAUUCGUACUUUCGGUUUGACGAUAUAAAUCCCUACGUGUUGUACAACCUUCCCAUCAAAGUGUCUAGAUCUUUCAAAAACAUCGAGGCUUCUAAAGAGAUCAAUGCUCCACAAAAAUCCACUCACGCGCCUACAGUGCUUUUCAAGCCCUCCACAGACUCCAUUAUGCCGAGAAAAACGACAAUGAGGGAGGAUCCACUCAGUGACGACAAGUACUUGCCAUUCCACCGAGUUAUGACCAAAAGAGAAACCAGCAUGAAUAAUUUGGACAAAAGCAAGAUAUUGUCUGAAAUGGACGGCUUACAGACCCAGAAAAGCCAGCUUUUGAACAACAACUGGGCGUCUGUUCUUCCAACCAUCACUCGAAUCAAUGACCCGGGGGACGAGAACGAGCUUAUAGAGAAGAGAAAGCUCACUGUUGCCGAAAUUGAUAGAAGACUACAAAAGUUUCAGACGUGGAAAAGACGUCAAGAGGAGUUGAAACAAGAAAUCAAGCAUUAUAAACAUGGCUUGCCCCGUGAUUCUGAAGACAAGGAGUAUAACAUACCACUCUCAGAGUUAAAGGCAAGACGAAAGAAAGAACGUUUGGAAACUUAUGGUGGAGUUAUCAAGUUAGCAUUGAACAAUGGCUACUCUUUGAUUAUCGACCCGUUUGCACCUCCCAAGCUCAUUGAAGAAGAGGAGUAUGUACCACCGGCAAAAGACGAUGUACCUUCAAGUUCACCUGAAUAUGAAGAAAAAGGCCGUAGUAGGAGAAAAGUCGCCAAAAGGUCAGAAAAGGGUGGAGAAGAAACCGAAAUUGAAGAACAAAGGUAA